AGUAUGUCACUGGGGCACGAGGCUCUCCCCGCGGUCACAUGGUCCCGUUUUCUGCCGCGUGCGGGCACGGCGGCCCCCGCACAUUCAUCAUCAUCAUCAGUGUCCUGCUGCGCGCGCCUUGUUUCAAAACACACAGGCAGGCAGACAGAGGCGCGCGUGCAGCAGGACGGAUCGCUUGGUUCCGCGUGCAGCAGGAGCAGUAGUUUGAAUUCACAGAAUAAGACCCCGCUUCUUCUUCUGUGGUGGUUUCUUCUCCCACGUCUCCGAGCCUGGGAUGCGUGCGCAGCGGUAGCUUUCUGGGACUUUUAAACGAGGGUCGCGUGCGUGACUUUUUCUCGGAUGUCACAGUGACCACCGCUGCCAUGGACACGAACAACAACAACAACAACCCAGGUAAAUACGUCCCCUACUCUGCACCUCGCGCUUACAUUAGAGCUGAUAAGAGCGACGCUGUGCGCGUGCGGCACAUUUAUUUUGACUUUUAACAGUGCCGAUUGGUCCGCGUGCGUGUGAGGGUCUCUGCUGCUGCUUCAGGGGUCGAGUUUUAAAAGUUGUCGAAUUUUACAUGGUGUCUGGCAGCAGCGCGGGGUGAAGGCUGAGACGAGCAGGUUACUGGUCGAUGAGUAGAGGAUUAUCGUUAGUAUCGGACCACAGGUCGAAGCUUUGAGCACCUGCGGCUGUGUGGCGCGCGAACUUCUGUUCCGGUGUUUGUGUCCGCGGUACAGGUUCUCUCAGCGAGGGGGGCUGGAGCACCGGGUUCAGGUCCAGACCAGGUUCGGGACCCCGCGUUGCCCUCACUGCGGUCCCAGUGAGCAGUUGUCCGUGGCCGGGUUUCUGGAAAAGCGGGUCCCGCUUGGCACAUGUCCGGCGGUGGUCACGGGGACUGUGUACGUGACUGUGCCCGUGUGUUCGGGUAAGUGGGUCAGGGUGCCAGCGGUCACGUCGGAGGGUGGACAGGUGUCAGGUGGACCCGCAGUAAUGUGCGUGUACGUGCUCGCUCGCUCGCGCCAGCAGAGCGCCCGUUGCCGGUUCACAUGGACCGGCAAACCGAGCCAUGUGCGCUAUGUUUUCACGGAGCUCCGCGGGCUCUGAUUGGCUGCCACUGAGCCUGAGCUCAUUGUAUAAUUCCGCUGCUCCUCCCCCGGCUCCUCCCCCUGUGUGCUCCAAACACGAUCACAUUUAAAGAUUUGCGCACAGUCACGUGGUUUGACGUUUGCUCAUUUUCACUGACGUCAGGAGCCUUUGCUCUCUUCUUCUGCACUUUUAUAGUUUGUAUUUGUAUGUGAUCAGAUUAUUGAUCAUGGCUGAUUCUGAUCGAUGACUGGGAUGAGGAUCUUUAGCACACACUGAUGGUUCAUCGAUGAUAGUAGUUACAGUCCGGCUCUCACCUGUCCUCACCUGUUAAAGCUGCAGUUUGGGUGCUUUUGUCUCCCCCUGCUGGCGCAGACAAGAGCAACACCAACACAGCUGAGCGCUGGUUUCUGUGUGUGGCUUUUAUCUGCAGCAGCACAGACUGCACUCAGCUUGUUUCAGGCAGGAGUCACAGAGUUUUAUUCAAAUGCCACUAAGGAUGUUUGAGCCGUACACAGAGACACGUCACACACCUCGCCACAGACACCUGCAGCUGACCGCGGUGACGUGGAGCUGCUGGGAGACGUAAGACCACAAAAACAUGAAUCUGUGUUAAAAUAAUCCCGCAGGAGUUUUUUCAGACUGCAGGCUUACUGAUGUAAAUAACGAUGAUCACAUGAUGUAAUAAAGUGUAAACCGACAAAUAAAACUCGACAUACAACCUGAACACAGUGACGAACACGACAGGUGAGACGAUGUACCUGUGCAGGUGAUUUAUUUACAUUUCUGGGACAAAAGGAGCCAAUCAGAGGGGAGUGAGGUCAAGGAGGGGAGGUGUGAAUGAGUGAGAUGUGAAUGAAUGAUGUAUGUGAUUUAUGGAAGCAUCUCCAUGUCUGCUUGAAGUCCGAUAUUUCUGAUCCAGGAUUCCUGCUGUAUCCCCAGGAUAGAGCGCCGCUCUGCUCGCUCUCACAGAUCACCGUGUUUGUGGUUUAAAACUCAUCACAGCGGACACUUACUGACACUACACUACCCAUGAGCCUCAGCUGCUGGUGUUGAGCUCAAUGAUAACCGACAUUCGCCGCACUGACGUUCAAAGAGCGUUUGGCUCAUGUGAACUUCCUGUCAGCUCAGAGUUCAGCUAACACGUGUCCCUGCAGUACGCCCACAAACCUCAGACCAACUUUAAAAAACAUGGCGGCGUGACGCUUAAACACAUACUUAAAAGGUGAUAAAGAGGGUUCUUACAGAACGUUUAGUAAAACAUCACUGCAGCACUGUCAGAGAGACUCUGAGGACACGUCAGCGUUCGACCUCGAGUCGUUAGCCGGUGACAUCCAACUUUUAUGCUUUGAAAUUCCCACGGUGAGCAGAGACCCUGAUGAAACGCGUUUACGCUCAGUCAAAGAGGGCGAACAUGUGUUAGCAGCUGGAUCCUCUCCUCUGGAGGUCAGCACAGUGCCUGGAGGAAGCACAGCGUCUUAUUCCAAGCACGGAUCGUUUAAAACCUUCACGAGGACCUGAAGAUCAUGUGAUCUGUCCUGAGACCUCGUGAGCAGCAGAGACGUGCCACGUCACCACCGCGAGCGUCAGCGCUAACGGGAAACUUUAUUAGAAAAUGAUUCCCAGGUGGAGCAUGAUGCUGUUGUCAGGUGGAGGUGAAAUGAAGCUUUCUUAUCCCACCUUCGCAGAUUACCCAGAAUGCACUUUGUGGAGCUUCCUGCAGGGCACGCUGGUUACUGCUCCUCUGAGGAUGUGACUGAUGAAGUCACAUGAAGGUUAUUAUUCUUCUGCGGUUUCAGCUUUAAUUAUUUCUGAGUGGCUGUCGCUCACGAGACGAAGCAACUCAUCUGCCAAUUAGAAGGAGGCGUGAUCUCCUACGUGGGCUCCUCCGGAGGCUCUCCCACUCGGACCAGUCCGGUCUCCAUGUACAGUGAGAACUCCAACUCCCAGUCCUUCUUCACCUCCUCCUCCUCCCUCACACUGCCCUUCCUCAGCUCCGGCUCCAGCUCAGGGUCAGCCGGAGACGACGGGUCCUCCUCGGCCUCCUCGUCGGCGGGAGGCUCGCCUCGAGGCCGCGACGACGGCGGCUCUCUGAGGACGUCGCCCAGCAAGUCUGUGGCCAGUCUGACCAAGCUGAACGGCAUGGUGCUGCUCUGUAAGGUCUGCGGUGAUGUCGCCUCGGGUUUCCAUUACGGCGUGCACGCCUGCGAAGGCUGCAAGGGCUUCUUCCGCCGCAGCAUCCAGCAGAACAUCCAGUACAAGAAGUGCGUGAAGAACGAGAGCUGCACCAUCGUGAGGAUCAACAGGAACCGCUGCCAGCAGUGCCGCUUCAAGAAGUGUCUGUCUGUGGGCAUGAGCCGCGACGCGGUGCGUUUCGGGCGGAUUCCGAAGCGUGAGAAGCAGAGGAUGUUGGCCGAGAUGCAGAGCGCCAUGAACAACAUGGUGAACGACCAGCUGCAGAGCGACUUCCAGCUCGCCAGCCUGUCGUCCUCCUCCUCUUCCUCAUCCUCUUCCUCCUCGCCGUGUCCGGGGGUGACCAUCGCCCCCCGGCCUCAGCCCUCAGCCCUGCCUCCAGCCCCCUCCUCACCCUCCCCGCCUGCUUCGGCUUCCUCUUCCUCCCCACCGCCUCUUCCCUCCCAUCAGAGCUCCUCCCCCUCCUGCUCCCCACCCCCCAGCCCCGGGAUGGACUCCACCAUCAGCGCCAUUGCUCGCGCUCACCGCGAGACGUUCCUAUACGCUCACGACAAGCUGGCUAAUAACCACAUCCACCACAAUGGGGAGGCGGAGCUCUGGCACCCCAACCGCUGCCCAAACGGUUACCAUGCCAACGGCCUCAACACCAUCUACCACCACAAUAACAACCUGGCCACAGAGUGCUACCUACCGGAAAACAGCCGCACACAUCUUCACCGUAGCAACGGGAGGCAAAGCCAGCAGAGCGGUCCCGCUGGUCAUGUGACCCAGGAGCAGCGCUGUCCAGUGAAGAAGCAGACGGGGAUCGUGCUGGCUUGUCCAAUGAACAUGCAGCCUCAGGCCGACCCCUCGAAGACCCCGCAGCAGAUAUGGGAGGACUUCUCGCUGUCCUUCACGCCCGCCGUCAGGGAGGUGGUAGAGUUCGCCAAACAUAUUCCAGGAUUCAGCGGUCUGUCCCAGAACGACCAGGUGGCCCUGCUGAAGGCCGGCACCUUUGAGGUGCUGAUGGUGCGUUUUGCGUCGCUGUUUAACAUGAAGGAGCAGACGGUGACGUUCGUCUCCGGCGCCACCUACAAUCUGCAGGAGCUGCGGGCGAUGGGCAUGAGGGACCUGCUGGGAGCCAUGUUUGACUUCAGCCACAAGCUGGCGGCGCUGGAGCUGGACAGCGAGGAGCUCGGACUCUUCACCGCCGUGGUGCUCGUGUCAGCAGACCGCUCCGGCAUCGAAGACGUGGCGUCGGUGGAGCAGCUGCAGGAGAAUCUGAUCCGCGCUCUUCGCUCGUUGGUCAACAAGUCGCCCGUCGCCCCAGAGAGCGAGCACCUCGACGUGGACUCGCCACGCUUCACCAAACUGCUGCUGAAGUUGCCAGAUCUGCGGACGCUCAACAACAUGCACUCUGAGAAGCUGCUGUCCUUCCGCAUCGACGUUUGAUGACAUCACUGCGAUGUCACCGCAUCGCCACGCUCUCCAGCCCUUAACAUCGCAGCGUCAUCCAGACCGCAUCGGACUGGCAGGAUGACGAUGUCAUCAGCAGAACUUUGCAAGACAUGCGUCUCCCCGCCAAAAUAAAAGUCUGCUUUAAAACAGCUGGUUGAUGUUUUAAAGGAGCAGGCUGCCAUUUUUAAACCACACUAUUUUAACCAGUGUAAGCCCAAACCGUUAGCUUAGCCUAGCCAGCCCAGUUCUUUGACUUUACUGGAGCGUCACCAGCAGGAAGUCUGAAAGACAAAAGAAAGAAGCGUGAAGGACGUGGACGACGACAGUACGCUAACUGACGAGCUCACACAGGACAAACCUGUUCGUUCAGCUUCACUUCCACUUCCUGUUGAUGUCAUCAUUCUGUCUGAUUUUAGCUUUGUUAACGUUCAUGAUGAGUUCAGACGCUUUUAAUUUGAAAGUUUUCCCAGCUGGAGACAGAUGCACACUAAAAGUAGCUCUUUCAAACGUCUGGACGCAUCCAGCUGCUUUUAAUGAUUUUAAGGACUUUGGGAUCAGCUCCUUCGAUUUUCAGCGGCCGGCGAUCUCUGACUGCGGCGGCCUCCACUUCCACUCUGCAGGAAACAGAAACUCUUCCAGUACGAACUGAUUCAUCCUGAACUUCCAAACUGUGGAGCGUCCGGAAUGAUGACUCCACCCACUACAGAGAUGGAGGAGGCGGGGCAUGACCUGGCGACGCCUCAGACAAACCUUAUGCAGCUGAUGUUCUGUAAAGAAACUGUACAUAGCCAUGAACACAAAGAUCCAGCUAUACUUGAACUGUUCCCCUGAGAUCUGUUGUACACAACUAUUUUUGGUUAAUAUGAAUAUAUGCCUGUGCAGAUAUCGUGACUAUGAAAGUAUGUACAAGCGAGGAAGUGCACCUGAUGAAAGAAGAUCUCUGAUGUGUUUUAAUCUGUGGUUUAUGUUGUAAAGACGUUAUAUAAAAAUGAUAUAUAAAUAUA